AUGGAGCGUGUUUCCAUCAAUGAGUCGUCACGAGAUAAAUUUAAAGUUACUUUAAAGGAAGGUAAAAUGCGUUGCCUCGCUGAAAAAUGCACGAAUAUGAUUUUGCGGAGAGACUGUAACGAAGUAGUAGAAACUCCGGAUGUUGAUGAAUUUCAAAUGCUGCAGAGAUGGGGACAGAGGAGUAACGUUAUCAAAGUAGUCAAUAAAAUUGACUUUGGAAUUAUCAAACAUAAAGCUUUUCGCUCAACCAAAUUUGUGAAUGAAUUUAUAGAUCAUGUUGUCGAAAUAAAUCUUGUUCGGGAUGUUUUCUCUGUCCCAGUUAUGACAAUGAAGGGAUAUUUUCUUGACUAUGGAAUUUUAAAGCAGAAGUUUGAUAUGUGCCUUACGGGAUACGCAUGGUACAGUGGGACUUCUGUUUUUGCAAAAGAGGUUAUCAGAAGAGAAAUCAUGGAGAUGGAAAAUUUCGAUCCUUCAGUAUCGUUGCUACUGGCGGCACAUUCCACGCAAAGAGAGUCGGUACAAUUUCUGCUAGAAAAUGGAGCAAAAGUCACAGGAGACGUGAUCUACAUUGCAGCACAUAAAAGUGUCGAAGUGUUGGAAAUGGUACUCCAGCGCCCUGGUGUAGACGUAAACGAUAGAGGAGACGCUAUCAAUGGGAACUAUCCACUUAUUGCCGCUGCACGAAAUGGUCUACAUGAAGCAGUUAUGUGUAUGCUUACGUUUGGCGCUGACACUGGAGUCCAGAAUAACGCUAAAAUGACAGCACUUCAUAAAGCGAUACUUCAUCAGCACGCUGAGAUAAUAGAAGAACUGUUUGAAGCCGGUGCUCCUCUCGAUGUUAGAGGAGGCAAGUAUAAGAGAACUCCUCUGCAUUUAGCAGUCGAUCUAGGGAAUGAAGAUCUUGUAAACCAGCUGAUCAAUAAAGGUGCAUCACUUCAAAUCAAAGAUAAUCGGGGACAAUACCCAAUACACAUGGCCGCAAUACAGGAUAAUGUGAAAAUAGUAAAACGGCUAUAUCUUUUUGACAAAACACAAGAAACGCUUCGUAUAUCAUCGUAUGGAAAAAAGUCUAUGAUAAAGGGUAUGUCAUUAUUCCAUGUAGCAAUUUGGAAGAAAAAUGUGCGGCUUUUAGCAGCAUUGAUUAGGAUGGAGAUAAAUCCAAAUAUCCAAGACUUCUAUGGCCAAACACCUUUAUUUUUUGCAAUCAUGAAACGACAUGCGAACCUUGCGAAAAAAUUACUUGAUUACCAUAAAACGGACAAAACAAAAUCUCAAAAACAAGGUUAUACACCAUUAAAUGCUGCAAUCCAUAAAGAAUUGCCCGAAGUUGCUACAAAGCUUAUCGGACUUUCGGAUGUGAACGUGGUCGAUAGAUUCGGGAAAACACCACUUCAUGUCGCUUGCGACAAAAUGAAUACAGUUCUUAUCAAGAAACUUCUAGAAAAUGGAGCCGAUCCAAGACAAAUAACAAAAAGAGGGGAUACCAUUUUCCAUUUACUCAAACGAAAGAAAAAUAGAACACCGCUAAAUAAGAUAGAAGAGUCAAAAUAUGCUGAAAUGCUUCUUGCCGAAUGGGAUCCAGAAUUUGUUAAAUUGCUACCAGGUUUAAAGAACAAAACAGGAGAAGUCAUUAAAUUGCAUUAUCAUCCAACCGGACUAAUUACUCGAAAGCAGUUGCUAUUAGCUAAGCCAGUGAGUUCAAACAUGGGCGCCGGAAAUACAUCAGAAGAUGAAAAUUACAGUUCAGGUGAAGGAAGCUUUGGAGAUACCUUUGGCGAAAUGGAUAAUGAUGAUGAUGACGACGACGACGAAGAUGAUUAUGAUGAUGAUAACGAUGAUGUUGAUAUGGGUUAGGAAGAGGCGUGUUGGAAUACCGAUGAUGAGACUAAUGACGAGGACAGCGAUGAUUUUUAUUAAAAUCAUUUUGUUGCCUGAUGCUUUUACUGUCGUUGGGACGGUAUAAAUGUUUCCAGUAAUUUUAACUUUAUAGCUAGACAUAUAAAAGCCCUGCCUGUAGGACAACAAAAAAAUCGACAUUCUUUUCUAUUACAUUCAUAACUUAUAGAAAGGUCGAGAACCAAUUAUAGUAACUGCCGAUGUCUUAGAAAGCAACCCCGUAGAAUGAAAAUGUACUGAAGUACAUGGAUCAAUCAGUACAUAACGGAAAUGCACGUAUACGACAUAAAGUAUACUAAAAAGAGCAAUAUGACAAAUGAAUACUGUGGGACACAGCAAUGGGAAGUUCAGUGGCAAAGGCGAAAAUAAGUUAAACGUUUACUUUAAUGCAGUAAUCCAGUUAUUCCACUGAAAGGCAUCAGAAAUGUUUAUUUUGGUUGCAGUCUUUCUGUAUUACCAGCAACUACAAUAUUUGUCUAUCAUUUCAUAAUCCAAGACAAAAUAGUUUUAUAUAGAAUUACUAGUAUUAGAUGAAAAUUGUACGAAUUUGUAACAGACAAAUGUAUGAGGUCAUGAAAAAACUAAAAGGCGUGUGCCUUUGUCGUCUGUUGAAUAAUGUCUACGAACGUACAUAAAAUAUAUCAAGAAAAUAAUACUAGGACAAAAGUUCAAAAGAAAAGGCCACAACAAAGAACGCAGCCACACAAACAGCACUUCAAUUGGACAUAAGUUUACGUGCAAAUUCAAUUAAACCCUACUGUAGUACAUGUAUGGAAAAGCACAUGAUGGGCAAGCACAGACAAUUGAAAAUAGUGGGACACUGAAUCGGAGAGAUCAGUGGCUAAAAGAAAAGUUAGUAAAUUUAAUACUUUACUGCAUUUCUGCAGAACUUUCUUAUGUAGAAAGGAACAAAAAUGUGUUUCUUUUCUUUAUUAGCUACAACAUAUGUUAGAUCUACAUGAGGACAUUUCCGAUGUAAUAUGUGUUAAAUAUUCUAUGAUGUUUAACAUUUUAUAUGCCAAAACAAAUUAACUUUAUAUAGAAUUAUUAGAAGAAAAUUGUACAGGUCUUUGUGACAGACAAAUGUAUGUGGUCAUGAAAAACCUAAAAGGCGUGUGCUUUUGUCGUCUGUUGAAUAAUGUCUACGGAUGGACAUGAAAUGUAUCAAAAAAAAAGAAAACAAGGUCAGAAAUCCAACAGGAAAGGCCACAACCAAAAAACCCAGCCAUCCAUACAGCACUCUAUAUGCAAAUAGGUUUACAAGAAAAUGCAAUGAAACCGUACUGCAAUACGAGUUGAGGACAAGCACACAUAGUGCAUAAAGAGUAAUAAAACGUAGACAAAACAUACAAAUGAAAAUAGUGGGGCACUGUACUAAAACGGUCAGUGGCAAAAACAAUAACUAGUGAAAUUAUUGUUUUAAGUCUAGUUAUUUUACAGAAACAAAAUGUGUUGUUUUUAUACGCCCGAAGUGACGUAUUAUGUUAUGGUCUCGGUGUCCGUCUGUUCGUCUGUCUGUCCGUCCGUCCGUUAGCAAUUUCGUGUCCGCUCUGUAACUCUUGAACCCCUUGAAGGAUUUCAAAGAAACUUGACACAAAUGUUCACUACACCAAGACGACGUGCAGAGCGCAUGUUUUGGAUGUGUCAGUUCAAGGUCAAGGUCACACUUAGGGGUCAAAGGUCAUACAAGUGUGUUUCGUGUCCGCUCUUUAACUCUUGAACUGCUUGAAGGAUUUCAAAGAAACUUCGCAUAAAUGUUCACCACACUGAGACGACGUGCAGAGCGCUUGUUUCGGAAGACUAGCUUAAAUGUCAAGGUCACACUUAGGAGUCAAAGGUCAUAUGAGUGUGUUUCGUGUCCGCUCUGUAACUCUUGAACUGCUUGAAUGAUUUCAAAGAAACUUGGCACAAAUGUUCACCACACUGAGGUGACGUGCAGAGCGCAUGUUUUGGAUGACUCGCUUCAAGGUCAAUGUCACACUUAGGGGUCAAAUAUCAUAUAUGACUUUGCUUUGUGUAUAUUGCAUUGCAGUGCUCUUGUUUUUAUUUGGUAGAUCCCUUUUUGUUCUCUUACAAUAAUUUUUUUUGUAUUACUUCCCUUUUUUUGUUACUAUAAAUAGCUUAUUUUGAAACUUUUUUAUUAUUGGCCAUUGGGAAAAACCGAGACCACUUUUCUGUGGUACAACAUGGAUGGUACAUCCAAUUGUUAGAUGUAUUUUGACAUAACUUUACCUGGUAAGAAUUUUUUUGUGGACUAAGAAAUUAUUUUUUUUUGAAUUUCUUCUUUUUUGUUGUUCCUGUCCUUUUGGCUUCUACAGUCAAGUUCUUUAAAUUUUGCUCCCAUCCUCUGAUGUAACCCUUCGGGCGUAUAUUACCCCGCUUGGCGGCGCUCUUGUUUGUACUCUUUUAUUAGCUACAACGUUUGUAAGUUCUGAGGAAACUGUUUUAUUCGCACAUUUUAUCUUUUUAACUUUCUAUUAUGUCUAACAUUUCAUAAUUCAAGACUAAAUAGUUUUAUAUAGAAGAAAACGUGAAAAAAGAGCAAGAAACUGGAAGUUAAAAAAAUACUGAGAUGAGAGAGAGAGAGAAGGGUUUGGGGUGACUGUAAAGAUCUGCUCAGUGAAAGAAACCAGAUGCACAAUUUCACAUGCUGAAUAGAAUUUCAUAAACUCUAAUGGUUGACCUACCUUUUCCUGAUUUCUUUUAAAUUCAAACAAUACAAGUGAUACUAUACAUCAUUCUAAAGAAAUCUGACGGUGUAUAUUUAGUAUUUUUUAAUAUUUCAAAAUUAUAGAUUAUUUCUAAACGAUUUUGUUUGAGAAUUUUCCGUUGUAAAUUUCAGCAAUUAUUUAAAUCAUUUUCUUCAAUUUGAAAUUACUUUUACACGGGUUGUUAAAAACUUUCAGAAUAAAUUAGUUAGCAUGCAAACAAUUUUUGGGACGGGUUUAUUCGCCACCCGAGUUAUGAGUAUAUUUCUGACAAUCAUAUAAUCUACAUUUUAUUCCUUAUCACAUCAAAUAGAUGUUCAUGCGCUACAAAAUUAGUUCUAGUCAUGAACGUCGCAGAUGAAUGUUCAAUGACCAAGCAGUCCUAAUAAGCCUGUCUCCAGUCAAAAUGACUAUUUAGAUUAUAUAAGCUCUAUCGGUGACAAGGAUUUCAUGCCCAUGUAUACAUCACUGCAUUCCUGUGACCAUUUAGAUAAUGUUAAUUCCUGAUUAAUGACUGUGAAGUCACGUAGUGUUCGUCUUAGAUUUGAGGCACAUUUGUGUUUAUUUCCCAUACAUGUGUUAUUAUGAUUUGGCAUUUGUUUUGUUAAAAAUAGCUCAGACGUGUAAUAUUAAUAGCGCAUUUGAUAAUUGAGAUAUUUAUAAAGUAAAGGUAGUGAAGGUUACUUGAAUAUUUCAAAGUGAAGUUUUGUUGUUGUUGUUGUUGUUUUUUUCAUGCAAACUGUUUGUUGCUUUUUGCUUUCUGUUUUAUAAUGUUACAUUUUGUACAGGUGACAUGACAUUUUUAAUAAACAAAAUUCUCUGCUUUAUCCUAGCUGUUAGCGAAUGGAAGUACAGGAUAGUUGCCAUAACAUAUUAUAUUGAAUUACAUUCCUAUAAGGUUCCAUGCAUUCUACAACUCUAUAUAACCCUGAUACGAAAAUUGUAGAUGCCAUUUGUUAAAUACUUAUAUUAUAGUUUUCUAUAGUACUUGAUAUAAUUUAUAUUUAUAGAUUUAAACAGAUCACACGCUUGUAUCCAAUUAACACUAUCUCGCCAUUUACUAUUUUGCCAGUAUUUCAACAAUUACCAUGCAGUUUUGAAAUCUGGCAUACCUUUACAUGUUGAUACAUACAUGUUCUUACUAACGUAUUAAAAUUAAUACAAAAAUAUCAAACGAAGGAAAGAUAUUUUAUUUAUUCAACUGCCUCAUCCCAUUUGUGAAAAAAACAGCUUUUUUCAAAAUGAGUGAACAACAUUUAUAAGAAAACAGAGGUGUUAAAUUGUACGAGGAAAUGGUAUGAUAUCACACAACUAUUAAAUGUUCUUUUAUAGGGCGUGUUAUUUCAUCUUAUUUCCACAGUACGUUUUCGCUUAUUUGUGCAUUGUAGAUGUAUUGCCUUAUCUUAGUGAAUUUCCAAAGUUGGUUGAAGUCGCCAAAUAAAUAAAUUUAUCUGA